AAAUCAACCCUAUAAAUAAACGAGGGCACACACCGUUUUAUUCUUCACCCCAAUCAAUUCCCCCAAAUCAACCUCUUCAUUCUCCCUAGGGUUUCAUAAUCCCCAAAUCUCCUACCCAAUCAUGUCAUCGCAGAAAACCAUCGUCUUGAAGAGCUCCGACGGAGAAACCUUCGAGGUAGAUGAGGUUGUGGCGUUGGAAUCGCAGACGAUCAAACACAUGAUCGAAGAUGACUGCGCCAACACCACCAUCCCCUUACCUAAUGUCACCAGCAAGAUCAUCUCCAAGGUUAUUGAGUACUGCAAGAAGCACGUGGAAUCGGCCAAGAACGAGGACAAGACUGCUGAGGAGGAUCUGAAAUCGUUUGAUUCUGAGUUUGUUAAAGUGGAUCAAGCCACCCUUUUUGACCUAAUUUUGGCUGCAAACUAUCUCAACAUCAAAAGCUUACUGGAUCUGACCUGUCAAACGGUUGCUGACAUGAUCAAGGGCAAGACUCCUGAAGAGAUUCGCAAGACGUUCAACAUCAAGAAUGACUUCACCCCUGAGGAAGAAGAGGAAGUCCGCCGUGAGAAUGCAUGGGCAUUUGAGUAAAAGAUUCCUGACCUGAAAUUGUCAAUAUUUAAAGGAAUCGAGUUAUGACGCUAGGGUGCUUUUGUUUUGUUUUUAGAAAACUGAACCUUGAACUUUGUUUCUGUCGUUAAAUUGAUGUCGAAUCUGAUUCUCGUCUUGUUUGGUGGUUAAAUCUUUGUCUUGCUUCUUUUAAUAGCUGAAAAUUGGUUGUUCU